CAUCGAGCAUUCAAACACUGCACGCUUGUAAGGUCAUUUUCAUGAAGGGCGCGUUCCUCCCGCCGCCCGAAGAAGUGGAGCUCACAGGACCCUGCGGGGUAGACUAAUUUACGUACCCAUGAGCCAGCAUUGACUACUGCAUAACAGGCAGCUGUAAACAAGAAUUUCCAGUUCUUAAUAGACACGAUUUCCCUCUCUACUAACACUUCAAAACUUUCCAGAUCCAGGAUUCUAGUCUCCAAUCCUCAAUCGCACGUUCCGCCAGCAGCCCACCAUGUCCUCCGCCGCCCACGCACUCCGCGAAAAGCAAGCCCCCAUCAAAGCCAACUACCGCAGCGAUCCCUCCUCCGCCUUCGUCACGCUCAAAUCCACAGGUAGCCUCGAUGCCUCGUCCAUAACUUGCAAGCUCUCGACUGGCGCCGCCGUCAAAGAGGCCUCGCGCAUAGCAGGUCUGCACCCUAAAGCCGGCGGCGACGACCCCAGCAUCUCGGGCGAGCUGUGCUCGGGCGACAUGCUGCUCGAUGCACUUGUAGCCUGCGCGGGCGUCACGCUAAAAGCUGUUGCUACGGCACUCGGCAUUCCCAUCGAGUCGGGUACUGUGACGGCGGAGGGUGAUUUGGACUUUAGGGGGACCAUGGGCGUGGAUCGGACAGCGCCGGUGGGCAUAACGGGGAUACGUAUGGGGUUCGAAGUUGUGUUUGGCGAGCGGGAGAACGGGCCUGUAACGGAGAGCGAAGUGGAGUCACUUGGGAAGCUGACGGAGCGGUACUGCGUCGUGCUGCAGACGCUGGUGAAUAAGCCUGAGAUUAGUGUAAAGGUGGUCGGCAACGGCGGAGGAAAGGAGGAGCAUGGUGUGUCAAGAGAGGUGAGCUGGGAACAUAAGGCGUAACUGCGGGUACUUUGAUUCACAAGACCGCGUGUUACUCCAGGGUGAGCUACAGACUGCCAAAGUUCAUGCCACAUUGAGAUGCAUGUUGGCUCACGCCACGUGGAUAUCAGAGAAAGUACCGUGUUUCCGGCUAUUUGUGCUACUGAAGUGCAAUUACAUCA